AUGCCAUUUUACAAGGUGACAAGGAAUAAUGAAAUACCAGCUCACUGUAACGCCCCAGUAUCCGCAUCUCAUGCCCCCGGCAACCACGCCUCUAUUGAGGUUCUCAGCGAAUGCACCGGUCCAGUUCCUGCUGAUGACAUUGUAUUGGAAUACUCCGACUAUUUUCCUAGGAGUUCUUUACCAACUCCAUGUGUUCUUACACCAACAGUCGACAUGACGAAUAAGGAAGCUGCAGCAAUACUAUUUGCAUCAUACGAUAAACAUUUGACAUUUCCAUUUGAUGCUCACAAUUGUAAUAAUGACUAUGAUAGCGGGGGCCUCAUGUCAGGUGUGCUGGAAUUCAACCCAUCAGAAAAAGAAGAUAAAUCAGAAGACCAUUUAGUAAUUCAGUCACUUCCAUUACGUUAUGAAUACGGAAGAUUAAGGUAUUGUCAGACUUCAUCUAAUUUGGAGACAAAGAGUGGUCACCAAACGGAAGAUUCCAUAACCCAUAUAAUGAGAUCAAAGUCUCUCCCACCAGCUGGGAUUUCGAAAGAAGGACAUCAGUACCCGAAUAUAGUAAUACUCAACGAAUGUAUGAAUGGCGCCGGGGAAUCAAAUGCAAAAAAACAAUCAUUAGCAGUACCUAGCCAAGAGAGAUGUGGAGAGUCAUCUUUUAAAAGUAUGAAUGCCGAAGACAAACGAAGAGUUUUCUCAGAAAUCAAACCAUCUUAUAGAGAGAAAAGUCUUCUUCCAAUUACAAGUGUACAACGGUCAAAGAGUAACCGAGAGGUCUUAUUUUUGUCUCAAAGUGACAACACCAGUUCUGACACCUGUAAUAUAACCUCUUUAGAUAGUAAUACUUCACACUAUCAGUUGACGAUAGGAGCGCCUAAAACAGCGAGAAAAUCUUGUUCUGAUACCAAGGUAUGUGAAAGAAUAUAUCAAUCUUGUGAUUCACCUAUAUCCACCUCAUUUAUCGAGAGCAGGAGAAAUAAGCAUGAAUGUAGAAGAAAAUAUCAUGUUCGAAUUGUAAGGAAAAAUUGCUCAAGACAUAGAGGUCACGCGCACUCCAGGGAUACGUCAGUUGGAUGUUCUGGUGGACCUGGAUAUUCUAAAGAUAAAUCAGACUGUCGAAAGAGGAGGUCCAAGAAAAAAACGAAGAGGAGAGUUUUAUUUUCCGAUUCCAGUAGCGAUAAAGAGGAUUUCAACCAGCAUCCACUGCGAUGGACCAAAAAGAAUGAUAGAGUUAUCCGAUCCCAAGAACAACUUAAAAUUGAUGGACAAAUUAAAAGCGAUGGUGAUAAAGACAAAUCACAGUUUGAAUUUACGCCAGACUCGUGCACCUCUCACAGUAAACACCCAGACUAUUCUCCUGAUGUAAAACAUACUAAAAUGCUGUUUAACAACAAAACUGCCAGUCUUUCAAGUUCAAACCCGAGUGAAGAAGACGAUCGAUCGAUCAAAGAUACAAUGAGUUUCUCUGCUCAAUUUAGCGACAGGGAUACCGGAUUCUCAUCAUCAUCAAAAAGUUUUUAUAGCUCUUCAUGGAAGGAGAGUGGACCUAUAUGUACGUACAAGGGGACUGAAGUCAAAACAAAACCUAAAUAUUUUCAACUUCCGAAACAAAGGAUUCAGUCAACGAACUCGGUGAACAGUUGCAAAGUGAAAGAUUCUGCUUAUCAAACGAUUCAAUCGUCAUUAGAUAUCAUGUCGUUUGACAAACUAAAUGAAAAGCCAAAAGAAAGUUUAAGCAGAAGAAAUGAAGACCAAAAAAUAAUAAACCAACUUGAGCAAGUGUCUUUCAAACUAUCGAUGUUUCGAAAUAUGAACGAAUAUACACAGGCUCGGGGACAUUCAAAAGAUAGUGCAUUUUCGAAUACGUCUGAUGAGGAUCUUACAAGCUGGGACUCGGACUGUUCGGGAAGGAGAGCCAGUUACCCAGGCAUCAUUAACAAAGCGUUUACACUGGAGCAGGUGUCCGAGGAGGGGGAUGUCACUAAUACCCCAGAACAACACUCAUUCUCAGAACAACCGGAAACUGCUAGGGCUGUCUGCAGCGCAGCUCCCCGAAAAGCCACGCCGCCAUUAAUAAAGGAAGAAAUAGAGAUGGUGGAAUUUAUGGUUUGAUGUGUUGCACAAACGGUCACCAGCUGUAUUUUCAAAAUUAUAUUUUUCAUACGUUGUUAAGUUUCAUACUUUUUUGUGAACUUUCUUAUUGUUGAGUAAACAAAUUAAAUUCAAAUAUAAAAAAAAAAA